UCCCACCCGUAGUUUCAUGCUAUCAAUGCGGAAGCAGCUAUGAAUGAACACAGUGCUAACUGCUGGUAGUGUUUUUAUUGUAAAAUACGCCCACAUAUACACCACGCAACUACAGGUCAUUGACACGUAGCUUUUUAAUAUUUUGAUUCACAGCGCUUCCACCUGAAAUGGGAUACCAUGACUUUUUCUGCUCUUUUUUAUUUAAGUAAACAGAGUAGAGAGCGUUAUAUUGGUUGCUAGCUAGCAAGUUAUCCCUGUAGCCUAACUUACUGUUUUCCUAAAGUGUCCGUCGGCCAACACCAUGAAGGUCCGCUCGUCUGUUUUUGCCUCCUUUAUUUUAAUAUUCGAAGUGAUUGGCAUUGCACUUUUCCUGCGGGGAUUUUUCCCCGUACCUGUCAAGUCUUCUUUCUCAUCCAAGAGCAAGCUGUCAGAUCUGCCAGCCGAGCCGCUGACAGGAAGCGCUCCUAAUUCAUCGCGCCUCCCGCAGCCCCUGUUUAAAAGGGUGGUUAUUAUGUUAGUGGAUGCCCUCCGAGAGGACUUUGUGUUUGGACCCAAUGGUCGUAUGUAUAUGCCCUACACAAGGCACGUGGUGGAAAGAGGCUCAUCACACAGCUUUGUGGCCAAGGCGAGACCACCUACAGUAACUAUGCCCAGGAUCAAGGCUCUUACCACUGGCAGUAUCCCAGGCUUCAUUGAUGUGGUAAUGAACCUAAAUUCUCCUGCACUGUUGGAAGACAACCUCAUUUGGCAGGCCAAAACUGCAGGGAAGAGGAUGGUCUUCUACGGGGAUGACACCUGGGUGCGCCUUUUCCCAAAACACUUCAUGGAAUAUGACGGCACAACUUCCUUUUUCGUGUCUGACUACACUGAGGUUGACAACAAUGUAACCCGUCACUUGGACAGCACCUUAAAGAGAGAUGACUGGGACAUUUUAAUCCUCCACUACCUAGGCCUGGACCACAUUGGUCAUAUCAGUGGACCGUAUAGCUCACUAAUCCAACCCAAACUGAUGGAGAUGGACGACAUCCUGAAGAAGAUCCAUAGUGCUCUCAUUUCAAAGGAAGUCGAGGGAUCCUUGCCUUACCUGCUGGUGUUGUGUGGAGACCACGGCAUGUCGGAGACCGGCAGCCACGGAGGCUCUUCGGAGCCGGAAGUCAGUACACCUUUGGUUCUCAUAAGUCCAGCCUUCAAAAGAAAAGCGGGAAUGGAGAAACCAGGAGUGGUGGAGCAGGUUGACCUGACCCCAACCCUGGCCCUAGGCCUUGGCCUGCCCAUAUCUCAGAACAGUGUUGGCCGCGUGAUCCAGAGUGUCUUGGAGGAAACCUCACUGCGAGACCAGCUGCGCUUCCUGCAUCUCAAUGGCCACCAGCUCAGCUGCUUGCUCAAAGACAGCAUAUCCGACUAUGAGAAAGAGGUAGGGUUUGAGCAGUUUCGUGUGGCAGAAAAGGCUCACGGGAACUGGAUGAAGCUUUACCUGGAAGGAAACACCUCCGAGGUGCUGACCAACGUGGGCAAAAAGGUCCUGAGGCAGUAUCUGGAGGCCCUGGCUGCCAUGAGUGCUGCUCUGAGCAAACAGCUGGGCAAGUAUGACAUGUACUCCAUGAUUGCAGGCAUGGUGUUUGUCUUUCAGCUCCUGUUGGUCUUACUGCUGGCUAUGCCUGAAGCCCUCAGCGGUGCCGCAGCAGUGGACCUCCCCAUCCUCUCGGCCCUGCUCUCCCUGCCUUUUUACCUCUUGUGCCUGCUUCUUGCCUCAGUGCACGUCUUGGUGUGCACAUCUGCUGAGAGCUCCUGUUACUUCUGCAGCCUCUCCUGGGGUCUCGUGUUUACUGCCGUUGCCUUCUCCUCAGCAAUGUUUUGUAUUCUGGUCUCUAUAGCAACACGAAGACUCUCCCUGGGUGCAAAGAUUCAUGGGAAGUCUCCUCUGAGGAGCAGUGAAGUUGACUGGUCGCUGUCAGAGCUGGAUGUUUUGCUGCUGGCCGGCACCGUCGGUCACACUCUCAGCUUGGCGGCCAGUAGUUUCGUAGAGGAAGAGCACCAAGCCUGGUACUUUCUGCUCAACACGCUCUGCCUCACCGUGUUCCAGGAUGUCUGCCGCAAGUACUUCAGAGAGAAGAGGGGCUCUGGAGAUGACGAAGAGCACAUCCUCCCUUCCAAAGACCGUCAUCCCUCUGCUCACCCCAAAGCAGAGAUUUUCUCAGAGAAGUGGUUAGCGUUAGCCACGCCACCAUUCACUCUGCUCUGCUGCCGGCUACUGCGCUCCCUCAACCAAACUGGGGUGCAGUGGGCUCAUAUCCCUGACGUUGGGCAUUGGCUCAACAGCUCUGAGCACAAGGUGGUCCUCUCCCUGCUGUCCGCUUUCUGUUUGGUUCUCAUCUACUUCCUGGUUCAAAGACGGUGCUCGUGGGUCUCGAAGGUCGCCCUCGCCCUCGGGCUUUUGGGUGUGUACAGCUAUCGGGCAGCUGUCGGCAACGUCCUGUUUCCCUGGCAUCAUUCUGGUCAAACUAUGUCCAAGGGCACGGUGGAAGCUCGCUUUGUUUACGUCUUCGUUUUGGGAAUCCUCUUCUCGGGCACCAAGGACCUGUUGCGAUCCCAGAUCAUCACAGCAGAUGCCAAACUGAAGAGCAGGGGAUUAUGGGAGAUUUACAGUGGCUUGGUUUUGUUGGUUUCGCUGCUCUUCCGUGCUCACAACCUGCCAGUCCUCUGCUGCUGCCUGCUGAUCCAGACGCUCAUGGCUCAGUUUAUCUGGAAGAAACUCCACUAUGAUGCCGCCCAGACUACCAUCAUGCACUACUGGUUUGGUCAGGCCUUCUUUUACUUUCAGGGGAAUUCCAACAACAUAGCCACCGUCGACAUUUCAGUUGGAUUCGUUGGACUGGAAAGCUACAUAGAAGCACCCGCCAUCUUCUUAACAGCGCUCAGCACUUAUGCAGGCCCGCUGCUCUGGGCGUGUCACCUCGUCUGCUACCUUAGCUCGGAGAGAGACCGGAGCCCGGUUGCAGUCGGCCAUGGUUGCUACUGUUUGGCCCUGCUGAGGUCUGUGCCAGCCGCAGCCUACAUAGUGCUGGUAACUGUUCUGCGCUAUCAUCUCUUCAUAUGGAGUGUCUUUUCACCCAAAUUACUGUACGAAUCCAUGCAUCUCCUGCUGACUGCAGGAGUCUGUCUCUUCUUCAUCACCAUGGAACAAAGCCCCAGCUCAAGUAAGUCUUAGGGAGCCAAAGACUGAAAAUCCCCAUAAAGGAUCAGACUUGGUCUUAUACUGUGUGGGACUUUCAGCCUGAUCCACGCUACAGUGUACUCACCUUCACUCUCUAAGUUAAGUCUGUUCACAUUAUGUGAAUAGAUGUUUGUGAACUCUGUUGCGAAAAAUACUUUGGGGAUGCACUUUUAAUGUAUUUUUGAGAAGCAUAUUUAAAUAUUUCAUUCUUUUCCAAAAAGA